AUGACCUCCGGCCUUCCUCUCCUCCUGCUGGUCCUGGGCAGUUUAUCUGCAGCUGAAGCACAGCUGAUGGUUUUUAAUCUGCGGGCCAGCGAUCUUCCUGCCGGCAUCUUGGCAACUACAGAUGGCUAUGUCAAGGUGUUCUGUGGCUCUGCUUCACUGGGUGAAACAUCUGUUCGAAACAACGACCAAAACCCCUGGUGGGAGGAGAAGUUCACCUACUUCCAGGCCCACGAGAAUGAUGUACUGAGGCUUGAGGUUCAUGACAGUGACAUUCUCUUCAAUGACCUUUUGGGCAUUUGCCAGAGGCAGAUCAAGCUGGGAACCCAUGAGCACGACUGCUUCCUAAAGAGUGGCGGAAUCCUCCAUUAUUCCUACACCCUUAGUGGAAACAAUCAGUAG